UUGUGAGCCAAAAACGCCCACUUUUUUCGGAUUUUGCCUCUUUUUUUGUGCGUUUAAACGCGUUUUUCAAAAGUUUUGUCUGCUUGGGUAUUUCAAGAUUAUUUUUUCUCUUGCAUUAUUUCCUAUUUGAUAAAAUUUAGUGUACGUCAUGCUCAAUUACAAGUCAAUGAUGAAUUAAUGGCACAACGUGUUGAAAAAGUUGCACAACGUAGAGUUGAAGAACGAAAUGAAAAAAUAAAAAGUGCACGAAAAACGCGUUUUGAUUUAAAAUCAAAUCCAUUUUUUUCUCGACCGUCUGAUAGUAUAACAAAAGAAUUUGUACGUUUACAACAAGAACAACAAGAACAAAUUCAACAACAAAAAGUUCUUAUUACUUCUCCAACACAUAUAAUAGAUUCAUCACAAAUAAAUAAUAAUCAAAAAUCAUUAAUAUCAAAUACACAAUCAUUAAUUAAUCUUGAUGGAAAAUCAACUAGUCCAAAAAUAAUAAAAAGAACAAAAAAAUUAGUCGAUUCAACUGACGAUGAUGAAAGUGGAACGCCAGAAGCAAGACUUGUUGAAACAAAUUCAAAUAUUCGUAAUAAUUUAUAUCAAACAUUAUCAAAUACAAUAAAACGAUCAUCUAUUAAAUCAGCAUCAAAUCGUUCUAUAAUAACAACUGAUACAAUUGUAGUUGGAUCAGUUCAAAAACUAAAAAUGAUAUUUCCUUUGAGUUAUAAAACAAAAUAUCGACAUUUAUUUUUAUUAGAUAAAAUUGCUUAUAUUUAUAUUCAACUUGUUAUUAUGCUUGGACAUAAAACAAUGACCGGUGGACAAUUUCGCAAUUUUGCAAAUAUAUGUGGAAUUAUUAAUGAAACAAUUACGGCACCAACUAUUGAUAUACUUUAUUAUCAAAUAUUGCGAAAAUGGCAACAAUUUAUUUUACGCAAUUCUUCAACAGGUAGAAUAUUAAAAAUUAUAUUUCAUAAAUGA